AUGUUCGCGUGGCGCGCGCUCGUGCGACGCGCCGCGACGCCGGCGACCUGCACCUGGUCAUCGCCCUGCGCCGCGACGCUCCGGGCCGCGGCGCCGGCGGCCUGGGCGACGCCGGGCGGCGGCGCGCUCGGCGCGCUCCUGGCGCCCGCGGCGGCGCGGCGCUCCCUGCACGUCCUCGCGCGGCCGGCCGCCGCGCCGCUCGUCUCGACGCGUGCGCUGCUGCCGGGCUUCGCGCGCGUCUUCGAGAGCACGAUGAAGCGCCGACGAAAGAUGAUGAACAAGCACAAGGUCAAGAAGCGCAAGCGCGCGCAGCGCAUGAAGGCCAAAUCGCCCCACGCGGAGCGGCGCGUCGCCCUCUCUGGGAUGGAGGGCGUUGCCUUCGUCGCGUCGCGCCAGCGGCGCGCCGUCGCCAACGAACCCGAUGAUGAUGAUGAGCGCGCCGUCGCCAAAGAACGUGAUGAUGAUGCGCGCACGGUCGAGGAGGUGCGGGUGCUGCAAAAAACGCUCGUCGUCGACGCGCCGGUCGCCGACUGCCGGCCGCUGGGCUGGCUCGUCGCCGGCGCGUCGUUCCAGGUGCUCGAGCGCCGCGGCGGCUGGGCGCGGCUCGGCCGCGGGGGCUGGGUCCAGUCCGCGGCGGUCGCGGCGACAGCCGCCGCGCCGCUGCGGGAGGCGCUGUCGGCCGCGCCGCCGGGCGCGGCAUGGUACGCGCGCCGCGCGGCGGUCCUCGGCGGCGCGGAGCUGCGCUGGAGCCCGGAAGCGACGAGCGCGGCCCUGGGCGACCGCGUCGAGGCCGGCGACGUCGUCGAGAUCAUCGACGAACAGCUAUCGUCCGCCCUGUCCACCGCGUGCCUCGUCCGCGGCCGCGGCUGGCUCGACGCGUCAAAACUCGCGCCGCCGCCGCCGCCGAAACCCGUGCGCUACGGCGACGCCGUCGACGUACUCGUGCCGACGACGGCCUCGCGCGCGGCGCACCACGCGGGCUGCUACGCGUCCUUCGCAUGCUCCGACUACUCAGGGCCGCGGCGGCUCAUCGUCGUCGACAGCGGGCCGGCGCCGUCGCCCUUCUUCUCGAACUGCGCGGACCCGCGCGUGACCUACGUGCACGUCCGCGGCGCCGCGAACGAUUUGACGAUCGGCGAGAAGCGGAACCGCGCGCUCGCGGAGCUCGCGACAUCGCCCGUCGUCGCGAACUUCGACGACGACGAUUUGUACGGGCCGUCGUACCUGCCGACCAUGGUGAAAGCCCUCGCGGACGCGGGCGGCGCGGGUUUGGCGAAGCUCGACAAGUGGUUCGCCUACAGGGCAGGAAAAGAGUUCGCCUACGACGCCGAGACGCGCGUCGCCGGCGCGUUCGACGCCGCGGAUCCCCCGGCGGCCGUGCCCGCGUCGCUCGUCGAGACGGAGCGCAAGUCCCGCGGCUUCGGCUUCGUCUACGCGCGGUCCGGCGCGCGGUCCGCCUGGGACGCCGUCCGCUGGAAGGACACGAACUGGGGCGAGGACGCGAGCUGGGUCGCGAAGCUCGAGAGCGCCGGCGUGCCGCUCGCGUUCGUCAAGGACGACGCCUGCCGCAUGCUCCACGUGCAGCACGGCCGCAACGUCGCCUGCACGCUCUGCACGGAGUUCGUCGACGAGGCGUUCCUGCGGCGGAGCCCCGUCGGCCCGCUCCUGCGCCACCUGCCGCCGCCGGCGCGCCCGGACCCCUUCGGCCCGAUGCGCGGCGUCUUCGUCUUCGACGACGCGGCGGCGGCCGAGGCCGACGUCGGCGCCUGGAGGCGGCGCGUGCGCGACUACGACGCGAACCGGGACCGCGUCACCGCCGUCGGCGAGGACGUCUGGCGCGGCGACCGGCGCGCGCGCGCGGCCGAGGACGCGCGCGCGGACCGCGCGGACCGCGCGUGGCGGCACGCCGUCGCCGCGUUGCAACCUUAG